AUGACCACAGCUGCACCGCCACGCCCACAGCUGCACCGCCACGCCCACAGCUGCACCGCCACGCCCACAUCUGCACCGCCACGCCCACAGCUGCACCGCCACGCCCACAGCUGCACCGCCACGCCCACAGCUGCACCGCCACGCCCACAGCUGCACCGCCACGCCCACAUCUGCACCGCCACGCCCACAGCUGCACCGCCACGCCUACUGCCAUUCUUCCACAUCCAGACGUGCCGCGCCCUGAUGGUGAUCUCCGUGUUACUGGGCUUCAUGGGAAUCAUCAUCAGUGUGGUGGGAAUGAAGUGUACGAAGGUGGGCGACGACAACCCCACCACCAAGACACGCAUCGCUGUCACCGGAGGAGCCCUGUUUCUGCUGGCAGGUCUCUGCACGCUGGUGUCCGUGUCCUGGUACGCCACGCAGGUGUCUUAUCAGUUCUUUAACCCCAACACUCCGGCCAACGCCAGGUACGAGUUUGGGUCGGCCCUGUUCGUGGGCUGGGCGGCGGCCAGUCUGACCAUCCUGGGCGGCUCCCUGCUCUGCUGCUCCUGCUCCAAAGAAGAAAUGCGAGGGCAGCAAUACUAUCGCCAAUCACAGCCCUCCACCACCAGGGAGUACGUGUAG